UUCCUGAGCUUCAACACACCUCGCCCCUACUACCGCCCUCUCCAGCUGACGACUGAAAGGUUUCGCUUUUAACAGUUCUGAUGAUGACAAAAACUGGUUCUGUCUUAUUUUGUAAGGGUUUUAACUUCCUUAGGUGGAGUUCUUAGGCAGGCAAAGAUGUUGUACACCGUGACCAAUUCAUUGGGCGAAGACGUCGGGGAAAUAGCUAUUUGGAUAGGAAAUAAGAUCUAACAACACGUAGCAGAAUACUUAAUGGCUUAGCCGCUCUCCCCAUCCCCCACAAGUUCCUGUCAUGGCUCGCCGCUCACAGUGCUCCUCUCAGGGGGACAACCCCCUGGACCCUCACUACCUACCUCCCCAUUAUCGAGAGGAGUAUCGGCUGGCCGUCGACGCUCUGGUGGAGGAGGACCUACAGGGAUAUUAUGAGUUCCUGCAGAGUGCAGAUGUGGUGGACUUCCUGUGUCUGCCAGAAGUGGACCACAUUAGGCGUUCAGUGCAGCUCCCCAGCCAGAACAUCCCGCCAGCGCUGCCGUACUUAGAGGCUGGGGACAAUGCGUCCUCUGACACUUACUGGCCCCUUCACUCUGACCUGGAGGCCCCAUCUCUGGACCUGGGCUGGCCUGAUCAUCACUGUUUUCUGGGGCCUACUGAGGUUACCAUGCUUGUGAACCCCUCGGACCCCAACAUGCCCAGUAUCAAGGAGCAGGCCCGCAGGCUAAUCAGUAAUGCUGAACAGGUAAUUGGUGUGGUAAUGGACAUGUUCACGGAUGUUGACAUCUUUGCGGACCUCCUGGAUGCUGCUAUGCGUAAUGUUGCCGUUUACAUCCUGUUGGACGAGCUGAAUGCACACUACUUCAGUGCUAUGGUCGCCAGCUGCAAAGUCAAUCUGGAGAAGAUCCCUCUAAUGCGAAUCAGGACUGUGUCGGGCACCACUUAUUUCUGCCGGACAGGAAAGUCUUUCAAGGGUCAGAUGAUGGACCGCUUCCUGCUGGUGGACUGCAAGGCUGUGCUCAGUGGGAAUUACAGUUUCAUGUGGUCUUUUGAGAAGAUCCAUCGUUGCAUUGCACACCUGUUCCUUGGGGAGCUGGUGACUACAUAUGAUGAGGAGUUCCGAAUCCUGUAUGCCCAGUCCCAGGCCCUUGUCACUGAAAGUGCCCUAGUUCCAUUGCCAGGAGAAAGUGGCUACAGCAGCCAUAUGACUCAGUCAUUCAGGGACCAUCUACCUAUGCAAAGCUCUUGCUAUGCUUCAAACUUGAGGCAGCCCUUUGGUGACAAAAUGGAUAUAGAGUAUAACAUGCUCCCAUUCAGAAGGGGUGAACCCUUCUGCAGCCCACUAGAGGCUUCCCAAAUGCAGAUGUACAGCAAUGUACACCCCUCCAAGCAUUUAAGAAUGGAGCAGUCUUUCAUGGAACAGGGCAGGUCUAUGAUGACCUCCAAGAAAAUGGAGAUGGCCCUCAAAAGGCACAGCUAUGCCGAGGGCAGCCAUGACAGCUAUGGGUCUUCUCAACAGUCGUCAAGGCAUCGAGUAAUGAACAACCUGGAAGAGAGUACACAUCUUUACAAGGAGCAGCAUUACUACCAUGAAGUUGGGUCAGGCUCAGGGCAUGGUAUAAAUUACAAUAUCAAGAGCCAAGGAUAUAAUCGGACAGACCAAUAUUUUGACAGUGGAUAUCCACUAGAGAUGGAACCACCUGGUGCCUACAGCCACAGAGCUGAUUACUUAUGUUCCAGUCCCUCCAAGGACAUUAUUCAUGACUCGGCAAAUCAUGACAAUAAUCCACAGAGUAUGAGCCAGCCAUAUAUCUGCCAGGCUUCCCCCACUCCCCUGCAUCAACCUGACUUGAGUGCUGUAAUGACUGAGGCCUCCCAUAAUCGGCAGCCACAAGAUCCUGGUACAAAGCAGGGGUUGCGGAAAUGGAGGAUAAACUCAUUCCUCUCUACCUUGGAAGAUGAUGAAGAAGCCCUGACAGAACCACUGGGGCCAGAUGCCUUUGAUGAGCUACCCAGAUUUUCAGAGGCAAAGUUGUGUACUCCAGAACCAUCAGUUGUCAAGUUUAAUACUGAAGAGUUCCCAAGGAUUAGCACAAGCAAACAAGAACUGAUACAACAAUAUAGCUGGUCAAACCAGCCUGAGGAACAAAAGCAUCCAUCUGGAAAACACGCUGCCAUGGCAACAGACUCCAAAGUGAUGCCAGAGGCUUCUGAGUCAUCCACUGCCACAAAAGAUGACAAAGCAGGGGAGAUGGAAGUAAGGGAGCCCAGAGAGAUCAGUAUAACCAAGCAAGAGUCAUUCCGCAGCAGAUUCAACCCUCUGCUUCAAAGAAGCUCUCGAUUAAGGUCUUCGCUGAUCUUCAGCUCAUGCAACUUGGAACAAAAUAGUUCAACGAUGAUAACUGCCUCUGGGCUUGAGUGUAAGGAAAACCGUAGUGAAGAGGAUAAUGACCACUUUAAAAAAUCCUCUGUUGUUGCCCAGAUUUUGGACAAAAAUCUGUCUGCAACAAGAAAACAGUUUGACUGGAGCAGUCACAGAAAGACAGCUGUAAAUGAAAACAAAAACCAAAUGUUGAAAGAAGAAUUAUCAAGUGAGAACGUAAUAAAGGAUCCUAAUAAGGAACCUAAGCUUGCAGAAAUAGCAGAACCUAAAGAUGACCAAAACAUGGCUUGUGACAAGGAGCUGUACAAAUGUGGCACAAACACAGAUAAGCAUGAGAUUGAAAAGGCCAGUAGACAUGAUGCAUCCAGCAUGGGGCUAACCGAUCCAGUGAAGUCAAUGCAAACCAAACCACUUAACUGGAGCAGUGACAAUAGGACAGCGGUACAUGAAGCCACCAACCAAAAAUCAGAAGAAUCAACUGAAGAGUCCAGUGUGAAAGCACCAGACAAUCCUCUACCAAAGGAAAAGCUGGCAGAAAUGGCACAAUGUAAGCUUCCACAAGCCGAAAAACCUAUCAUCACAGCUCCAACAGAACCUUUACCAAUCAUACCAUCAUUUAUAAAUAUGGACGAUCCAGAGAUGAGGUUCUUAUAUUUUAAACGAUUAGCUGCCGAAAGAAAAGCUGCAAAGUUGUCUAAGGAAUCUGCUGUUGCAGGCCCAGAUCUCCCAGAGAAUGUAACUGACACUAGCCUCAAAACGCCAGACAUAUCACAAAGUCUGGCUAACACUAAUAUGAAAAUGAAAGACAGCUCAGUGAUUGGGAAAGUACCUGCAGCUCAGGAAACCACACAGAAUCCAACAGAAACUCACACAGAGAAGCAUGAGAUUGAAAAGAUCAGCAGCCACAUUGCCACCAACAUGCCCCUAACUGAUCCAGUGAAGUCCCUGCAAAGCAAUACAUUUAAUUCGAGCAGUCGCAAUGUGACAGUGGUACAUGAAGCCACAAACCAAAAAUCUGAAGAAUCAACUGAGGAAUCCAGUGAGCAAUCACCUAAGGAUCCUCUACCAAAGGACAAAUCAAAGCUUGCAGAACUGGAACAGCUUAAGCUUUCACCUAAGGGAAAACCAAAAAUCAUUACAGCUCCAACAGAACCUUUACCAGUCACACCAUCAUUUAUAAAUAUGGAUGAUCCAGAGAUGAGAUUCUUAUAUUUUAAACAAUUAGCUGCCGAAAGAAAAGCUGCAAAGUUGUCUAAGGAAUCUGUUAUUGGAGGCCCAGAUCUCCCAGAGAAUGUAACUGGCACUACCCUCAAAAUGCCAAGCAUAUCAGAAAAUCUAGCUGACACUAAUAAAAUGACAGACAUCUCAGCAAUGAGGAAAGAACCAGCAGUUCAGGAAGCCACACAAAAUCCAACAAAAACUCUUAUUAAUGAACCAUCCAUCUCCACCACAUCAGCAGAACCCAUUUCAAAAAAGCCAGAGAUCUCAGUAGCGCCACAGUUGGAAAACCAAACUUCAGCAGUCAUACAUCCAGCAAGACCUGAUCUCCAAUAUAAGAACUCCCAACCGUCUGCUGAUGUCCCAGUGGCUACUAAUAGGUCACCAAAGUUGUUUGAAAAAGACAUUUCAAAACCACCUAAAGAUUCUCAAAGCCUGAACAUUUCUUGUGACAUGAAAAUACACCAAAAUGCCUCUGACACAGAGAAGCAUGAGAUUAAAAAUGCUAGUGGACAUAGUGCCACCAGCAAAACCUUAACCGAUCCAAGAAAGUCACUGCAAAACAAACCAUUUAAUUUGAGCAGUGACAAUGGUACAGUGUCACAUGAAGCCACAGACCAAAAAUCAAAAGAAUCAACGAGUGGGAAAUCGCCAAAGGAUUAUCUACCAAAAGAAGAAACUAAACAUGCAGAAAUGGCUUCAGAGACUUCUAAGUUGUCUGUGGCCAGAGCCCUAGAUCCCUCAGAGAAUAUAACUGACAGUAGCCUGAAAACAGCAGAUAUCACUCUAAAUCUAACAGACACUAAUAUGAAAAUGACAGACAUCUCAGUAAUUGAGAAAGAACCUGCCUCUCAGGAAGCCCCACAGAGUCAAAUAGAAACUCUCAUUGACAAGCCACUGACCUCCGUCACACCAGUGGACCCCAUUUCACACAUGCCAGAGGACAAGAACAUACACAGAGAUGCCACUGACACAGAGAAGCAUGAUAUUAAAAUACAUAGUACCACUAGCAUGGCUCUAACUGAUCCAGGAAAGCCACUGAAAAACAAACCUGACUCUAACUCAAACCUCAGUUUAACAGGCAGUAAUUCAGAGGUCAAGCAGGAUGUCAAGGCUAUGGAGAUGCACACCCAGAACCCUAGGGGUGUCAUAGGAACACUAGGCAAUGAGAAAUUGGCAGAAGUGGUAGCAGAAGAUAAGACAGUUUCCGAGACUGUACGUCCUCUUCCAGAAGUGUGCGAGAAGGCACCUUGCUUGGAAUCACAAAGCCACACCGAAGCAAAGCAAGCCACAGAAUUGGUGGUAACCAAGAGCAAAGAAGAGAAAGCUGACCAUAGGCCACAAUCAUCAGCUACUAACAAAGCCGGCCAAUCUCUUUACCAAACAUCCACCAACAGUGUGAUUUAUAGCUGCAACCUUAGAGAUGACACCAAGGUUAUCUUAGAGCAGAUCUCAGCCAACAGCCAAAACAGGGUUGAUCUGACUAAGAAAGAUGAAGGGAGCACUGACGAUGCCAAAAUGGGUAAGGACGAAAGAAGCGCGAAUAUAGAAGGCAGACCUUCUAAACCCCAACAGGGUGGAACCAAGUUUCGGCAUACUCCGGUUGACCCACAAGAGAGGGAAAACCUUUUGAAGAAGAUUGAGAAAAUGCGCAAAGAGAAGAAAAUCUACAGUCGCUUUGAGAUGGGAUCAUGACCACGGAUCACAAACAGGGGAGGAGAUCAUUAGGAAGAGGAACCACACCGUUGACGUACUCAGUGAUGUUUCAAAGUCGGAAGAAAGGUCCAACACCAUGACGCAGCUACAGCCUUGGACCUUAAAACAUCUGUGUCUGCUGUACAGUAGCUUAACAGAGCUCUUACACUAUUAGGUAAAUAAGUCAAAUGUGUGCCUGAUGUGUCUGCAUAUUCACUUUAUGGAUUACACUCUGGCACUCUAGCUUCAUUGAACACUGCAUGUCUGUCCUGCUGCUUGCAUUUUUUAGGUUCAUAUCGCCACAGAGGGGAAAUCACAAUGCAGGUUUAGCCAGUAUGGGCCUUUCAAGCCUAUGCCAGCAUUAGCUAUGUGUGCAGAGUGUAUGCUAGCAUAUAUUAAUCUAUCAAUAUUAUAGUUGAUUGUCCAUAAUUCCGUUAGCAUCAAACUGAAAGUCUUUAGCUAAACAAUUACUCAUUGCAGUUAGAUUGUUCUGUGUUUUUUUUCUUCUUUUAAAUCUAUGCAGAAUUUAGUUUAUACUGUUAUACAGUGAUAUAUAUAUAUAUAUAUAUAUAACAGUAUUAGGAUCAUAGCAAUAUUGAUCAUUUUUAUGUAAAUGGUACACCCUACAGCCUUGUCCUUGUGUGUGCUUUUAACUUUAUUUUAGUCCUACAAAUAUUUUUCUCAUCAUAUCUCAUCGAGGGGAAUUGUUCGCUUUCUGUAGUUAAAAAAAAAAAAAAAGUUUUUUAGUUAUUGUGACAGUUUUGGUGUGCAGUGAAGAAUAUUUUAGACAUUCACAUAUGUUUCUGAUGACCUGCUGCCUCUACAGUGGCUGGUAUAGGGACAUUUGGGAGUUUGCGGUCUACUGCGAGAAAAUACACUUAUGUUAACUCGCACAAAAGGUGCCAUUUAUGUGAAGAUUUACAACUUUGAUUGAUCAUUAUUAUGAUCAUGAUUAACAAUCAUUCAUUGUUGUUUGUGUGCUCUUAUUUGGAAUGGUAUUUUACUGAUAAAGCAUUCAUAUGGGCAGAGACAACAUAAGGUUAUAGAACAAAUGCAUCAUGAUUUUUAUUCUGCUAUAAUGAAGUUAUGUAUAAUAUUGUUACAGUAGUGGUGUCUCGUGCAUGGUUGGCCCCUAUCAAGGACUUUUGGUAUUACUGACAAACACAAGACACUAAACCAGGUUUCUAAUGGUGGAUUGUUCAAACCCCGAGCACCACCUGUCUGGACCAUAAAUUAUUUUGCUCUCCGCUCCACCUACUUAGUACUUAGCUUUCUGGGUCAUCAAAAUGGAGACCUAUCAGUCUUAAUCAUGUUGUCAACUUAAAUUGCACACAACCAUUAAUAGCCAUGUAGUUCUAGAUGCACAAAUUACUUUAAAUAAAAUAAUUGUACACUUCUGUUAAGGAGAAUUUACACAUUAUAAUAAUAUUUGAUAAUUUUUGGUGGUGAUUGUAAUUGCACCAUUUGAUAAUUGCACGAGUCACAUUUACUGUAAAAGUGCAAAAGUUAUUUGGCAUCAGAGAACAGUUAUUUGUGAUCCAAUUACGAUUUUAAUCCUUGUAGUUUAGAAAAAGUGUUGCAGCAUGUGUCUGUGUGUGAUAGAGAGUGAGACAGAUUGAGAGACAGAAAAAGAGAUUUUUUUAAAUGUAAAUUGGUCUUAGAUGUGAGUGUAACAGAAUACUGCCACUGUCUACUUAGUACAUUUUAUUUGUGACAAUGGUAGCAAUGUACAUGAAUUUUGCUAGAUAAACACUAUCUUUUCAUGAAAUGUGAGUGGUCAUUGAUAUUAACUUUUCUUGGGGGUGUUUUGCCUGUAAAAUAUGUGUCAGAUAUUCAGAAGAGAAGGCUCAAGAUACCACAAAUUCAUGUAUGUUAUCUCACAGGACAUUUGUUAAAAAUGUGUGGUGAUAGUGGGAACGUAACCACUUUGGUUCUAUUAAUCAUAAAAAUGAAUGCGUGGUUACACUUAAUCUCCCAGUUGUUAUUGUUUGUACAAGCCAUGUUGAUGUAUCUGUCAUUUUGUUUGCACAUGAACAGCUUUGUAGGGUAGAUCCCAGAAAAAGCAAAUUAACUGAAAAUGCAAGACUACUAAUUACUGUGUGACUGUAUUUGCGUAAGAACAGCAUAAAUUAAAUAAAGCAAUAUUAUACAUAUGGGUCAAUAAGGUGACAUUUAAAUUUUGUGUCCCAUAUUUUUAUCCAAAAGGAAAAGCACAUACAGUACAGGCAAAACAAAACAAAAAAAAAUAUUAGGCCACCUGUAGUUUUUUAAAAAAUAACUGUAGGGAGAGAAUUCAGUUAAUAUAUGCACAUUCAUUGAAUAAUAAAGUUAGUUCAUGUUUUUUAGCAAUUCCUGCCUACAAUAACACAAAAAGAUGAGCUACAUAAAAGUAAUCUUAGACUUUACUCGAAAUAGCAUCCUUUGGCUUUAAUUACAAUUAAUUAUUGGAAGUGUAUCCAAUCAUUUUGCAAAGUGGGAGGUUCAGGGGUAAUUAAAUUGAGUGAAACCUUAUCUAUCUUAAGUUUUUUAUGUUAGCCUAAUGCCUUCUUUGCCAUAUUUCUUGCAGCUUUAGUGCCUGUUUUACUGAGACUACAAGCCAAUGGUAUUAAGAAACUUUUAAGAAACUUUAGGUACAUAGGAUUUCAGUCAAUUUAACUUCCCCUCCACCUCCCUCCGACCCCAUAUGAAUGGAUGGACUUCCAAUAAGAUGCUUAAUUGUAAUUAAAGCCAAAGGAGGCUAGUUUUAGGAAAGCCGUGUCUAAGAUUAUAAAAAACUCAUGAAGUAAAACUCAUCUAUUUGUGUUAUUGUAGGUAGAAAUUGAAAAAAAAGUUUAUUUUUUGAUUUUUUGUUCCAUAAAUGCACAUAUACAGACAGAAUUGUACUCCUCCUGUUUUUUUUUUUUUUUUUAAACACAGGUGGCCUGCAUUAUAAUACCCUGUACUGUACAUGUGCAGGUAAUAUUGUGUAAUUGGCCAAAGAACAACUCAAGCACCAUUUAAUUUCUCUGGCAUGAUUUUUGUGAGAGUAUAUACUGUACUGUAUGUAACUGUUUCUGUACACUGCAAUAUGAUAAAGAAAUUAUACAGUUGCAAGAAAA